AAAAUCUGUGGUCAAAAUACACAGCUGUCAUCAAUUUUGGUGUGUCAUUGUGUUUUGUGGAUAAAUGCUACAAUAAAAAUUUAAUUACAAUGUCUGAAAUGGACGUAUCGGAUAGCGGGAACGAUUGUUCUAAUAAUUUGCUGCUGUUGGAUCGAGUAUUCCUCCGCCUCGGCAAUGCGGACUCCGACGAUCAGCUGGAGAGUUGUCUUAACAGAUUUCUGCCUCCAGUUAUUUUGAAGCUAUCUUCACCUCAUGAACAGGUCCGCACUAAAGUGAUGGAGCUUCUUGUGCACGUGAACAAGCGAGUGAAGUGCCGCGCCGACGUCCAGCUGCCGGUGCAGACCCUGCUGCAGCUGUAUCGAGACCCGACCGCCAACAGCUUCAUUAUUAAUUUCUCCAUCAUCUACAUAACAAUGGGUUUCCCACGUCUGCCCCGUGACCAGCAGUUGCUUCUGGCCCCUUCUUUGUUGGAUGCCAUAGAGAACAAGCCUCAAGGACAUCAAGAUGGCAUUCUGAUGCUAGUCAUGCCGCUGUUGGGAGAUAUAAAAGAAGCAGACUUGAAUUUUAAAGAGAAGCCAAAACUGUCAAACUUGAUUCUCAAGUUUGCUACUGAUGUCCUAUUGCUGCCUUACAGGGCAUUGCCAAAUCCAGGAGAGAGUGAUUUCCAGGUGCCACCAGGAAUGAGCAUGAAGACAUACAAAAGGAUUGUGGAUAAGAAUCAACUGAACCCUAACCAAUUGGAAGAGAUGAAGCUGUCGAUCGUGAACUUCAUAAGCAAGGACAUAUUCAACCACAGCGACGUGUUGGUGGCGCUCAUAGUCGCUGCUGCGGAUUCGCGAUUCAGCGUCGCUAAUCACGCCAACAGCCCACUGAUAAGGGUCAACAGUUCCGUGGAUUGGUCGCAGCCAGCUGUAGUGGCGCCUCUCUACUCGUUAUACUUGGGAACUUGGGGAGGUCUCAAAGUGCCCCCAGAUGACCGCAAGGUGCCAGCAUGCACUAGACUGCGCCUGAAACUUAUACAGUACCUGAAUAAGGCCACAGGGCCAGCCAUCAUGUUUCCACACUGCGUUCAGGUCGUAUUCUCGUCAUUAUUCGAUCCGAACACGAACUCGAGGCUUCGGAACUUGGCGUUGAUGUAUUUAUUGAACGUCAUUAACGGUGGUAAUGUGACACAGUUGAGCAAAGUGGCAACAGUAUUCCUCCAAGGGCUGUUGAAGAUCAUCAGAUCAGAAGAACAUGUUGAGCAACAGCCUAAAGCUUACAUGUGUCUUGGCAGGCUUGCAAUGAAAUGUCCGGAGAGCAUAAACAAUCAAUUCGCUCUGCUAGAGGAGUUGGUAAAGAAGAUUCCAGAAGCCACCCCUGAGAUGAGAACAGCUCUCAGAGACGCUUUACUUGAGAUGGCCGUUGCGUAUAAGAUUGGAACCGAAGAGAAGUCAGCAGCAGUUGAACCUACCCCAGAGCAAGGUCCCAGCACUUCGCAAGGCGAAAAAAUGGAUGUCGAAGAGAAAACUAGUCCCUUCGAUGAGCCACAAGCGUUGGCUUUGUUCGCGCUACUCGAUCACUAUAUGCACAGUGAAGAGUCCAUGGUGCGUUACAUAGCGACGAGGUAUUCGGCAGCUGUGUUCCCGCCAGAUUAUGUGCCGUCCCGAUACCUCCUACUUUUGGCCAGUGGAGAUAAACAAGAUGAAAUCUCAACGGAAGCCCUAAAAUGUUUAUAUGGCACGUCACGCCCCAACGAAAUAGAAGAGGUUGUGAACAACGUGUCUAAGAAAGAGACAGCAGUCGUCAAUAUCGACGAAGAGGCCGGUAAGAAAGACAAGGACAAAACACAGGAGGUUGCAGAGUUCAAAGCGCCGAAGUUCAAGGAUGUGGUGAACUAUGUUUGGGACCAAAUGCAGAAGAGAAAGAAGGGUUCGAAUGCUAAGCAUCGGUUCGUGAUUGCUAACCAAGUACUGCAGUUUCACCCGCUGACUUAUCAAGAGAUCCUCAGGUACUUACGCAUGUGCCUCAACCGGGAUGCGAACCUGAACGACUGCUCGAACCACCCCAACGCCACCUCGCCGCUUCUGGCCAAGUAUUUCUACGAGAACCUACUGGAAACGGAGGUGUUGGAACGAUACUUGACAAUGAUCACUUCGAUGCUCAAUGCUAGUCCGGACGUGAUGCCGCUAACAUGUUUCCUUGACAUCGUCGGCUGCGUGCCCGAAAAGAUCGCUUCAAAAUACACCAGUCUCCUCCCAUUCCUUAAAAACCUAUUCACCACGAGUACAAAGGAAGACAUCAGAGAAACAUCAGCAGUCAUAUAUGCCAUCAUCACAGUGAACACAAGCGAGAAAGCUGCUAUAGAGAAAGAGAUAAAAGAGUUCGUUGAACAGGGCAAGAAUAAUAAGAAUCUUGAGACGCAGUGCGGGUAUCUGUGUGCGUUUGCGCAUAUGUGUGAGAGGUGUAUCGUUUUGGCGAAAAGGGGCAAGUUUGGGGGGAAAGGAUUCAACGCUGUUAACUGGGAGCCGUUCAAAGAAGGAGUGGUUGUGUUAGCUAACUUACUCAUCAGUCCACAAACACUGCUGGUCACCACGUCUUGUUCUGCGGUCUCCUUACUAGCCCGUUGCUCAGGGCUACCGCUCCCGAAUACGACAGAAAAACAAUCCGCUUCCUUACUCACCGAAAACCCUUUCAACAUCAACAAGAGCGACACAAAUGUAGACUCUACCGAUGAGGUGACAAAGUUCACAGUCGCUGAACGCCUGUUCAAGAUUGUGGGCAAUGCGAAACUACCCUCAAAAGUCAAGGAGAGGUCGCUGUAUACGUUAGGUUUAUUGUGCUGUGGAGAGAGGCUGGCGUUUGCUAAGCAGAUCGUGAUGGGAUUCCUGCAGAUGGCUAAAGAUAGUAAAGAAUUCGAAAUUCAUUUGCAAAUUGGUGAGUCGUUGGUUCUUUGCAUUGAAGGCGUUAACUCGAAUGAAAACCGAGAUCUGUGGACGGAAUUACCAAAAGAGGGUAAAGCCAAAAUAAGAGACGCAGUAGCUCUAAAAGAAAACGACGAAUUACUGGAGUGGCUGCUGCAAGAACUGUUCAAGCUCGGCAGACAUCCUCAUCCGCAUUCAAGACAGGCGACAAGCAUAUGGCUGCUGGCAUUACUCAAGAACUGCCCUGAACGCGAACCGAUCAAGAGUAAAUUGCAAAAUCUCCAAGAUGUGUUCAUGGAUUACCUUUCGGAAAAUAGCGAAAUCGUCCAAGACGUAGCAAGCAAAGGCCUCAGUCUGGUGUACCAGAAUUCGGACGAAAGCCAGAAGCAAGCUCUGGUGGGGCAAAUAAUCGAACAGCUGACUAGCGGCAAGCGGUCCGUCGCGCAGGUCACUGAAGAUACCAAGAUAUUUGAAGAGGGACAGCUGGGGAAGGCUCCUACUGGAGGAAACCUGUCCACGUACAAGGAAUUAUGUUCUCUGGCAUCUGACUUGAAUCAGCCAGAUCUGUUGUACAAGUUCAUGCAUCUUGCUCACCACAAUUCUGUGUGGAAUUCCAAAAAGGGUGCAGCCUUCGGUUUCCACUCCAUAGCCCUACAAGCGGGGGCGCAACUAUCAGAACAUCUACCUAAGAUAGUCCCAAGGCUGUAUAGGUACAGAUUUGAUCCGACGCCUCGUAUUCAGAAUUCUAUGGCCAGUAUAUGGCACGCUAUUGUGCCUAACACGCAGGCUACCGUGCACAAGUAUCAUAAAGAAAUUCUGGAUGAUUUGGUUGCAAACCUGACGUCCAACCAAUGGCGUGUUAGAAUGUCUUGCUGCAAUGCUCUCGCCGAUUUAUUACGUGGUGCCCAGAGUCUACAUGAUUCCUUGAGCCAGUUGCCCACGAUAUGGGCUCAGCUAUUCCGUGUCAUGGAUGAUGUUCAUGAAGGCACGAGGCAAGCUGCUACUACUACUGCAAACGUGCUAUCCAAGCUAUGCAUCCGAGCGUCAGAUACGAACCAAGGAAAAGAUGGUAAAGAGAUCGUGUCUGUUAUCCUGCCAGUAUUAUUGGAGAACGGUAUUACUAAUCUUGUAAAAGAAGUAAGAAGUGUUAGCUUACAAACAGUAUCAAAGUUAGUGUCGGCAGCUGGUGCGAGCCUCAAACCUUUCCUUCCAAAGUUGAUCCCAGCAUUGGUGGGUGCGGCUGGAGAUCUAGAAUCUGCUAAGUUAUCGUACUUAAGUACGGCACUGGCGACUGAUAGCGGAACCAGAGAACUGCUGGAUGAUAUGAGGGCUAAUGCUGCCAAACACCAUUACACUACUGACACAGUUGUAAAGUGCAUGCCCUACAUCGACAUAGAAGUAAUGAAAGAGAUGUUGCCCAGCGUUCUCGAACUUACCAAAUCCCCACAACUGGGCACCAAAGUAGCGUGUUGUCAUUUCAUCGUGCUAUCGGGUCACUAUCUACGGGCCGAGUUGGAGCCGGUGGCUGGGAAGAUCAUGUCCAACUUGCUGAAUGGAACCUUUGAUAGGAAUUCAACUGUGAGGAAAAACUACUCGGAGGCUUUGGGGCAGGUCUCGGCAUACGCUAAGCCACAAUCAAUAGAAAAGCUGAUGAAGAAGCUAGUUAGCCUAUACGAGACGCGGGAGGAUGACAUGUCGCGGUCAGCCGUGGCGCUCGUGCUCAAGUCUGUGGCCAAAGCCAAGAUAGAGCACAUCAAAGACAACGAGAACGUUCUUGCGCCGAUGGUGUUCUUGGCUAUGCAUGGGCCUAAAGAUGACGAGUCAUCAACAGUAGAGAUGUUCGAGGAGAUCUGGACUGAUAUCAGUCCCGCGCGCGAGUCGGGCAUCCGGCAGCACCUGCCUGCCAUCCGCGCUGAAAUCGAGCAAGCCCUUAAUUCCAGCAGCUGGACUAAGAAGAUACAGGCGGCGAACUCCAUAAAGACGGUGUGCAAGGAACUAUCUACUGGAUUAGGAGAUCAGCGAGAGCAGCUGAUCCGAGCACUGCUGGCCGCCGUCCACGGCAAGACCUUUGACGGGAAGCAACACGUCAUCGAAGCUCUGGCUGAGCUCUGCGCAGUAAAAGAAGGCGAAUCCCCAGUAUCUCCAACGCUUGCAAGCGAUGUGGUGAGCGCGCUUCUUGUCGAAAGCCGCAAGCAAGACAUGGGCUACAAGAAGCACGCCAUCACCGCGCUGGGGCAAGCGCUCGCCGCCACCAGCUGCGACCGGUUCAACCAGGUCUACGAGAUCGUGAAGGUCAUACUGUCUAAGGAUGAAUCGUCAGUGGGCAAAGAGUCGGACGAAGAAGACAACGAGGGCGCGCGCCAGAGGAGGGAACAACUGACUGCGCUCAAGGAGGCCGCCUACGAACUGCUGGGCAAGGCGUGGCCUAAGGACCCGGACACGCAAGAAAAAUACCAAGACGUCUUCUUCGAGCACUGCGCCAAGUCUUAUUCCACCAGUUCUCGAUCGACGCAACUGGCUAUACUAGCGUCCAUCGCUCGUGUAUUAGAGCGCCUGGCGGUAUUAGGCAGCGCGGGCGAGCCCAUGGAUACCGACAACGCGGCCGCAACCGCGCGCGACGCCGCCGUCGCCCACGCCACGCAGCAAGUAGCCGCUGUCAUAGACUACACGCUCAAAAACAGCAACCAAGUGAGGCACAGGCGAGACGCGUUAAAUAUAAUGGAAAUUCUCAUCAAAAAGUUAAAAGAAAUGAACAAAGCAGAUGAACUAAAUAAACUGAGAAGUAUCUACCAAACCUAUGCUCAAGACUUAUCAAAGGAUUCGUCACACGAAAUCAGAACCAAAGUAGAUAACAUUAAGGUUCACUUUAAAUAAAUAGCACAAUGAAAUGUUAAGUUAUUGACAGUGUUGUGGAAUAAAAUGAUCUUAAAUAAAAA